AUGUUACGCUUCAUUCUAUUGUUGAUUCCCUUGGUGAAUGCGUGGACCUUCCGCUAUACCAAUGAAGGGAACGAGACUGAGAUCAUCCGAGGGAGCGAGGAGCGGAAUUGCACUGUUGCCGACAUUUUCGAGGAUAAGCUGUUUACAUGGGAUCCUGAAGGGACUAAGCAAUGUGUUUCGAUUUAUCGGGAUAAGACCUGUGAUUCUAUGGGCGGCUAUUCGUGCACUGCUUGGAGGAAAAAUGCCAGUCGAACAUUCAUGGCUUUUGAUAUCAUGCCUGAGAAUCUGAUCGUUUCCAAAGCUGAAACUUCUACAAUUGCAUCCACUUCGAUACCAACAUCCGAAGUCUCUACAUCUACACCUUCCUCCACGUCUACUUCCAUUACCCCGUCCACGACUUCGAGCUCGGUAUUUACGCCGACCAGCUCGCCCGAAGCAGCCGCCAACACAGAUUCUACCUCAUCCACCAGCUUGUCAGGUGGAGCCAUCGCAGGCGUGGUGAUUGGUGUCGUUGCAGCCGUUGCGAUUAUCGUCGCUCUGAUCGUUUUCUUUAUGAAAAGACAGAAGAAAACACCUACCCCCGCUGGCCAAUCUCCACAUGGUCUCCACGAAGCAGACGGAACAGGCUCAUCCAUGAGCGGCACAACGGCGGAUGGACCGUUCACAUCACUUGGGUUCCAGCCUGUGCCUGGAUCACGAUUUGUCGAGCUCAAAGGCGAUGCGGGCAGUACGGAAUUGGGAAGCAGCCCGAUCAGCGAGCUCGAUGCAAGCUCGCCGGGCGUGCAGCCUCGUCGUUUCUAA